AUGUACAUAGAGUGUCAUCACAUGUGGUCAUCACUCACCUCAUCCAGAGGUCGCGGCGCCUAUCGGGUCGUCAAUGGCGUCAACAACACUGCCAUCAAAGAAGAGGUACAAGUGGUGGAUGUGCUGGAAGUGACGGACCGCUCGUCUGGUGAUCGCAAACAACACGUGACGACCAAAACGAUUGAUGUAAUCACUAUCGAUAGCGACGACGAGAUGGACGAAGACAUACAACUCAUUGAUAGCGAAGACAUACAACUCAUUGAUAGCGAUUACGACACGACUUCGUUGACGUCUUCGUCGGUCGUCGAGGCUAUCGAUGAGAAGCCGAAGAAGUGCUGGAAAUGUAUGACUCGACUGAUUGGCAAAAGUGGUCAACAAAGCAAU